AUGUUCUCUACUCGCAUCUACACUCUUGUCUUCCUUGCGGUUGGCAUUGCCGUUGAGGCCAUUCCCGCCCCGAUGAAGCGCAACGACGCGACCCCCGCUCUGGCAGCGCGGGCCCCGCAGUUCUCCGUCAACAUCCCCAACAACAUCCCCGUCUCUGGCACGUUCCCGAACGGCAUCACCAUCGUCCCGCAGACGCCUUCGGGCAGUAUCGUCACGGGCAACAACAACUCGACGCUUUUCGGCCAAUUCGGCUUCAAGCGCGAGGAGGGCAUUGAAGCUCGCCAGUUCAACUUCACGCUCCCGAACCGACUUCCCGUCGCUGGAACACUGCCUUUUGGUCUCACCGUUACCCAAGGCUCGCAGAACAGCACCGUUGGUCUGCCCUCCGGCUUCCCGUUCAAGCGCGGCGUUGAAGCUCGCCAGUUCAACUUCACACUCCCAAACCAACUCCCCGUCGCUGGUACCCUACCCUUCGGUUUGACCGUGACUCAGGGCGCGCAGAACAGCACCGUCGGUCUUCCUGCGGGUUUCCCAUUCAAGCGUGACGGCGACGUCGAGGCACGCCAGUUCAACUUCACGCUCCCCAACCAGCUGCCUGUCGCCGGAACAUUGCCCUUUGGCCUCACUGUUACUCAAGGAGCGCAGAACAGCACGGUCGGCUUGCCCUCGGGCUUCCCCUUCAAGCGUGAUCUCGACGCUCGCCAGUUCAACUUCACCCUACCCAACCAGCUCCCUGUCGCCGGCACGUUACCCUUCGGUCUUACCGUUACUCAGGGCGCGCAGAACAGCACUGUCGGUCUUCCUGCGGGCUUCCCGUUCAAGCGCGAUGACGGUGUCGAGGCGAGGCAGUUCAACUUCACGCUUCCGAACCAGCUUCCUGUCCAGGGCGUGCUUCCUUUCGGCCUCACUGUGACUCAGGGCACGCAGAACAGCACUGUUGGUCUUCCUUCGGGCUUCCCCUUCUGA